UCACGCGGGGACCCGCGAACCUCCCUGCUUCUGCCUGCCCUGCGCUCAGUCCGUGUUCGUCCGUCGCCAGUAUUGAUCGCCUGGACAAAGGAACUGACCACCGACUGGCCAACCUCGCAAGAAACUACUACUUGCCACUAGCCGGCCGUCGCGAGCGGAUGUCCGCACACUCAUCAUACCCGGUGUUUGAGAAAAGCGCGCGCCUGCGUCACUCCCAACUACAUUCGUCAAAACUUGGCCGCAAGUUUCAUUUGUUUGUGUGAAGUUUUUGGCGGUGAGGUUUUUUACAACUGCGCACUCGGGCGCAUUCCCAUUGGCUCGUCGCACGCCUCCACCACGUGCUCCUCUCGGUGGAGACGAUGUCCACGAAGAACGUCAAGCGCUCGUUGCGCACUAUCAGCGCUCACGGAAAGCUGGAGGCCAUCAGGAGGGUGCACGAUGGCGAGAGCAAGGCCUCGGUCGCAAGGGACAUCGGCGUGCCCGAAUCCACCCUCAGGGGAUGGUGCAAGAACGAAAGCAAAAUUUCUUAUCUCUCUCGACAGUCCAGUCCUGACACGGACGAAUCCAUCGAACCUAAAGACAAGCGGCCGAAAAUCGAAGAUCCGAUAGUACAGCCAUUCAAUCUCAGCUUGAAAUCGUCAAACAUUUACACACCUACCAAUUCCGAGUCUUUGUACACGCCGAUGGACUAUACUAAAAACGACAUCGAUUGCACACCGAAAACGCCGCAAAAUCUCAGCAUCAAGACGGAAACUACCCCCAAGACAGCCUCCCAAAUAACCGAACGCGAGCGAAAUCGAGCGGAAUUGGCAAGGUUGAGUGUCGAACUUGGCUUGAACCGACCCGAGAUGUUCACCUCUUCAACCAACAACACUUCUAGUCUUGCCGAUCUAGCCACAAAUAUCAACCUCCUCAGUCAGUGGAACAACAUUCUGAUGCAACAUCAACUUAACAAGAAAGUUACUCCUGACACGACAACUCCAAGCAGCUCAACUCUCAAACAACAAAACUCUAUCAAGCCGCCCAAAGAACAACAAUCGGUUGAAGAGUACAUCAACAGUUGGUUGAAAGCGCAAGAAGCGAUAUUGAGUCACAGUCGUUCGAAUGGACUUCCUCCGGUCACGACAACAACAAAUUCAACAUCAAACAUGCAAAGUUCCUGGUUUUGGAACUGGUACAAGCAGCUCUCGUAUCAGCAGAGUGCCACACCUGCCGUAACCCCGGAAAAGCCAAUUUUGUAUCAACAACUGACGAAGGAUUCACCCGAUGCGGAAAAUCUUUCGGUGGAUAAGUCGAACAACAACAACAAAGUGAAGUCAGUCUUGGACAAUUUGCUUCAUAUCAACAACAAUAACGUGACGAUGGAUAAAAAGGAUUGCUUGUCGUAUAGUGAGGCCGUCGAGCAUGGAGAGAAAUUUUUGAAGUGGCUGGAAUCUUGCAGUAACCCUUCAGUGACGGCAAUGCAGAUAAUGCAGUUCAGGGCGUUGUUGAGUAACGUAAAGAACAGUGCGGACAGGAAGAAUGGUGAUCAUCUGCAGAACAAAACCAAAGUUAAAAGAAAGUGAUUUACUUUCGUCUAGUGAAAAAAGGCUGUCUAGCUACCAAAUCUUAUUAGUUAAAAAUUAUGUAGUUUAUGUAAAAAGUCUAUACGGGUGUUGAUUCGAUGGAUACCGGAGUUUCUCGCACUAGAGUAUCCUUUAUGUUUACGCCCGUUCUUCCUUAAAUGUUACCUUGACAAACCGUUUAUUGACGCUUAAAAAUUUGUUUGUACAUACGUUACUUUAGUCGAAUUUAGAUAAAUUUAAUUGUAAAGACUAUUAAUAGUGCCAAAUAAUUUUCGCAUUAUUUUUGCUCAAAUAUGUACCUAACUGUGUGUUUGUUAUAGACCUGUUUUUUUCCUAUUUCAGAUCUCAUGUCACUGUCUGCCAAAGUUUUUUUCGCCGCACGGCCGAUUGGUCGUAAUUUGUUUGCAAUACAUGUCAGAAUUGUUCCUUAGAUUUAAGUGAUUUUACUGUUAUACAGGGUGGUAUGUACUUUCAGUGAUUUAUUGCCCUGUAUCGAAUUUCGCUAAAAUUAUGGUGUUAUUUGUACAUUGUUGUAUAAUAAAUUUAUCUAAUAUUUUUGUACCAAAUUAAAUAAAACUCUUCGACAUUGA